GGAGAAAGGUACAGUGUCGUCUCUGUAGAAAUACGUGUGACGGUGAUGCUCUUGCUCUGUUUUUCAUCUUCCCAUCUAAACAACUUCUCUCUCUCUCUCUCGCUCGCUCGCUCGCUCGCUAAGCCAUCGCCACGGGCGCACGAUAGCGCGCCCAGUUCCUUCCAUGUCUUCUGUGCAUAAUUAAGCUUCGAAAUCAGCAUUUUUUUUUUCUCGGGAAGGAUCUUGUAUCACAAGGAAAGGAAGGGAAGAAGAUAAAUUUAUUCAUAUUUCAGAUCCUUUCGUUGCUAGCUGGAUCUUCGAAACGUAAUCGAGCUUUACACCGAUAGUUGAUUGAAUGCUGCAGCCUCUUCGCGCGGUUUGUUUUGGAUCCUUUGGCUUGCUGCAUUUUUUGCAUGUGGGGACGAGAGCGUGAGGCAAACUCGAUGUACAAGCGUCUGUUGCCAAGAGAUCAUACGAACAUAGUUGAUGUAGAAGAUAAUUCAGCUCUUGUACAGAAUGAUCAGGAUCCUGAUGCAGCAAAUCCUUCAUGGAGGCUUUCUUUUCCACAUGUACUGGUGGCAACCAUAUCAUCCUUCUUAUUUGGCUACCAUCUUGGUGUGGUAAAUGAACCACUCGAAAUCAUCUCAUUGGAUCUUGGAUUCAAUGGAAAUACCUUGGCAGAAGGCCUGGUGGUUAGCACGUGUUUGGGUGGUGCCUUAAUUGGAUCCCUUUUUAGUGGAUGGAUUGCUGAUGGGGUUGGCCGCCGUAGGGCUUUUCAGUUGUGUGCUUUGCCCAUGGUUAUUGGUGCUUCUAUAAGCGCAACCACGACAACUUUGGCUGGUAUGCUUUUUGGAAGGUUCUUAGUUGGGAUGGGAAUGGGAGUUGGUCCUCCUGUUGCAUCUCUUUAUGUGACGGAGGUUUCUCCUCCUUUUGUGAGGGGCACUUAUGGAAGUUUCAUCCAAAUUGCAACCUGUCUUGGACUUAUGGGGGCUCUAUUCAUUGGAAUCCCUGUCAGAGAAAUUGCAGGCUGGUGGCGAAUCUGUUUCUGGGUGUCUGCACUUCCUGCUGGAUUACUUGCUCUUGCCAUGGGGUGCUGUGCAGAGAGUCCACAUUGGCUAUACAAGCAAGGAAGAAGUGUUGAAGCUGAAAUUGAAUUUCAGAAGCUUUUAGGUGGAGCACAUGUUAAAUUGGCAAUGCAAGAGUUAUCCAAAUUAGACAGAGGGGAUGACACAGACAGUGUGAAGCUCUCUGAAUUGUUUUUUGGUCGCCAUGGGAGAGUUGUUUUUAUUGGAUCAACCCUAUUUGCUUUACAACAGCUAUCUGGUAUAAAUGCUGUGUUUUAUUUCUCUUCAACUGUGUUUAAAAGUGCUGGAGUCCCAUCAGACCAAGCAAAUGUCUUUGUUGGAAUUGCAAAUCUAUCAGGAUCUAUUGCUGCAAUGGUGUUGAUGGAUAAACUAGGAAGGAAGGUGUUGCUUCUGUGGAGCUUCUUUGGAAUGGCAGUAUCCAUGGGCUUUCAAGUUGCUGGAGCAAGUUCUUAUAUGUCAGGAUCUGUUGCUUUGUACCUGUCUGUUGGUGGCAUGCUUAUGUUUGUCUUCACAUUUGCUUUAGGAGCUGGUCCAGUUCCAGGUCUCCUCCUGCCAGAGAUCUUCCCUAGCCGAAUCAGGGCAAAAGCUAUGGCAGUCUGUAUGUCAGUGCACUGGGUGAUCAAUUUCUUUGUGGGGUUGUUGUUUUUGCGUUUGCUGGAGCAACUUGGACCACAGCUCUUGUACACUAUAUUUGCGACAUUUUGCAUGAUUGCAGUGGUUUUUGUGAAAAGGAAUAUUAUGGAAACGAAAGGAAAAUCUCUUAAAGAAAUCGAGAUAGCUCUUCUCCCACCAGAAUAUUGAUACCAUCUCUUGAAUUUUCAUUGGUGGAUCAUACACCAGUAGAGUGAAGCUUAGCUUAGACAUCAGUCUUCUCAUAUUGUGGAAAGCACGUGGAAAGCGUUCAUGUGCAGAGCAUCCCAAGGGAAGAAACUGGCAGAGUAACUUUAUGCAUCAAUCUUAAUUACAGAAGUCCUCAUUUGCUGGAGAAUCAGGAAUUAUUGUAUACUUUGAGCGAAGUGAUUGUUUGUGAUCAACUACGUUGAGCUGGCUAGUUUCUCAUAUUGUUUAACUAUUGUUAUUAUUUUAAUUUACGUUAUAUAUAUAUAUGCUAAGUCCA